AUGUAUCCGCAUCCGAGCCAUCAGCACGGCCAGCGGCAUUCCGCGGAGGCUUCGCCUCAGCGGGAGCCGUCUUUCUCUCGGCCGGGGCAGGCGGGGGUCUAUACGCUUGAAGACGCGCAUUGCUUCCCUUACGGAAAGGCGCCUCCAGGCUCAGUCCCUUCUCAGCUCGGUCCUGGCGGUCUCCACGCCCCUGUCGUUGCGCAUGCUCGGACACCGGGGCCGUUCUCUCACUUCGAGCCUUCUGCUCCGUCGGCGGGUUUCGCGGCCCGGCCGGCUCUCCACCCGGUGGGGCUGUACGAGGCCCGGCGAGGCGCCUCGCAAGGAUCUCCUGGCGGCGCAGAACUCCAGUACCCUUCGGCCCAGAAGUUUCCCUCGUUGCCAGUUUCGCAGAGCGUCCAGUGCGAGGCGCCUCCCACCCCCUUCUCGAAGUCCAGUCAGCUCGUCUCGCGGCAGCCCUCUGGCGUCGCCAGUCGUUCGUACGACCAAGGACGAGCUCUUCCCCCAGCCGGGGCGUACGCACCUGCGCAUGCAGGCGGUGCCUCGUCACUUCACAUGGGGCACCCUACGCUCCAGCCUUCGGCGACGGGACUCUACAGGCGGGAGGAUGGGCAAGACAGGGGGAGUUCUCAGCUGAGAGAUGAUGCGACGGCAUCUAGAGGUCUCCUCCCCGCUGCCGCGUACCCGCGGUCCGAGCCAAGCCCCGUGGAAAGCGAGCUGACUGCUGGAGAGUCCUCAGAACGCGUUGUCGCCCAGGGGCCUGUUGGCCCGCAGGGGCCCUUUUUGGCGGGGUCUCCUGGAGCGCCUGUGUCGGCGGGAGGGAUGGGAGUGCCCUUUGCGCGGAGGCCGAGCCAGGACCACUCGCAGGAGACUUCUUGGGGGCCAGGUGCGAGCGCAGAGUCGCGCCGGAGUCUCUCUGGAGGUACAGCCUCGCAAGUCCCUGGGCCUUCUCCGGUGCCGGUCCCCACCCCAGGGCAGGACUGUGUGGGCCAGACGGGCCCUCAGAGUUUGCCGGCGUCAGGUGCGCUGCGCUUGGCUGCGUUUGCACCCUCUUCCCGGGAGACAGAGACCCUUCCCCAUAAAGGGACACCCAGCCCUUCGCCGAUGCAGCCCAGCGCGGCGCGCCGCGACCCCUCGCCCUCUGUGGGGCGCGGGCCGGGACCGCCGCAGGGCCCGGGCCUUCAGUCCCCGCUGCGGGCGGGUGACUUGGCCCACACUGUGGGGGGCCAGAGCGGGAGCGAGGGCCUUGCUGGGGGGGCGCCGCAGGCGUCUUCUCGCGAGGGUGCGGAUCUGCUGCAUGUACCGUCUUUGCCGAGAGGAACUGCGUACUCGAACAGUCCGCCAGGACGGCCAGCAGCCGCUCCCGCAACGGCUCCUCCCCAAGACGGGGCGAGUUCGUCGGGCCCCACCUUUGAGGGCAUCGAACAGACGCACUUGGGGCCUCCGCUGUCGCCUGAGGUCCUCACGCGGCUGCUGCAUGCGCGGCGAGCGCGGCUACGGCGGAACCCGCUGCUGCGCUACCUCGAGGGCUCUGUCUCGCAGCCUCGGUCUACGAAACGCAUGCGGCCGGAGGCCCGACACGGAGUUGGAAGAGACGCUGAAGCCCCUUCGCUUUCUCGGCCGUUUGAGGAGGCCCUUCGCGGCUGCAGUACGCCCCUGAACAUCGACCUCUACUACGACUUGGCCGAGCGACCGGGGCCGCACUCCCUGAGCUCCAGUCUGAAGAGCAGCAGCCCGUCGCCGGGAGACAGUGCAUGCGAAGGCGAAGCGGGACGAGAGGGAGGCCCUGGAGGCUUUUCAGCCACUCGGAGCGGCGGAGGGGAGGACGCCCCGGCGCUCCCUGCAGGUGACAGGAACAAGAACGCAGGAGCCCCGUCGGCGGCUUCUGCGGCAGCGGCCGCGGCGGCUGCAGCUGCGACAAAGGACGACUCGCUUCAGUGGUGUCACCAGCAGAUUCAGCAAGUGCUUCUUCAGCACCCAGAGAUCUCAGCGUCAGCUGCGCAAAGUCGAAACCACCGGCCUCUGUUCCACCAAAGUGUCCUGGCGGAGGCCGCGAUGAGUGCGCAUGGAGGAGCUGGCGCCGCCAGCUCUCCAGGCUCCUUCGCCUCGGCGCAUAGCCCUUCAGAAUCAGGCGCAGGAUGGAAGCGGUGGAGAGAUGUCGACGUUGUCCCUCCGCCGCAGCAACUGGAAGAACUCCUCAUCGUACUCGCUGCCGCUGUCAAAGUCCACGUCGCUGAGCUCAUGACGCUAGCCUCUGCGGCCGAGGCGGCGGAGUUUGCGGCGAGAGCUUCCCGUGAUGGCACAGACGCGAGUCGUCAAUCUGCGUCGUCUGAAGACGAAGAGAGGCCGAGGCGCGUUUUGUGUGCUCGCCACAUUUUGGCAGCUGCCGCGCAAAUACCCUCUUUGGACUGAUAUUGUUGGACUCCUGCUGUGUCUCUGCUUUCGCUGCGCCGCAACAGUUUUGUGCUGAGAUGUGACGUUUUCUUCGACAUCCCUCGCAGGUCUGCUCACACUCCGAGCGAUGUGUGUCGAGAAGCGCUACUCAGAAAGACACGGGGUUUCGCGUGAGAAGGGAGAGAAGACCGAGGAGAGACUCUGCCGUUUUGCAGGUCUCUCAAAGUUGUGUGUUUCUCAAGAGUUUCAUGCACACCGAAGGCCUCAAGACUCCUGGUUUUCCACCACGCGAGGGACGUUUCUGUAGACAACGGUGCCGCAAUUAACUCUCGUUCCGCAGACGGAGAGACGCAGCCGCGUCCUCGAAAAGCUUUCGCUGUGGUGCGGGGCUGUUCCACCGUACACGAGAGUUGCGAUAGAGCGACAGAAAAACAGAGCCCUACUCAAACGCGAUCUGUGAGCCUAGGAAUUCGUAGACAGCUGAUGUACCACUUUGGAGUUUUUUCUUUUCGUGUUGA